CGGCAGCUUACACGCAGAUGAGUAUAUAAAGCGGGAGGUAAAUUGUGAACUUGUUUAGUCACCUCGCUUCCGCUGGUGAGGGUGUUACGUUACAUGCACUUCGGUCCUCAUAAUGAAGAUCGUCACGCUGGUGCUGGCGGCGCUGGUGGCUGGCGUGCUGAGCCUCCCGCGGCCAGAGCAGGGAGGGAGUGAUGAGCUCAUCCUUGGUGAUGAGGACGGGGAAUAUGCUGACUUCUCUGAGGACAUUGUCUACGAGUACGCCUUCGAGAUAUCCGACGAAGCCACCCGCACGUACUACAGCCGCACCGAGAUCAAGCUGAGCAAUGGGGACGUCUUCGGCUCAUGGGCGGUGCUGCUGCCCUCCGACGAGAUCCAGACGAUGGUGUAUAACGUGACAAAGGGGAACGGCUACAGGUACUCCCUCACCUAUACACCGGUAGAGUUUUAUGGUGAAUCAAGACGAGACGAGACAUGAAGAACUAGGAAUACCACCUCCUUUUCUCAUAUCAUCAUCCCCCAUAUUGAUUGAAUUUUACAACAACAAGAAGCUUUAGCAAUUUUCCUGGUACUAGUAUUUUUGUUUCAUCAGUACAGAGGAUUUACGACUUUUUUUUUUUUUUUUUCAUCACUACAAGGAUGUUAUAUUUUUGACUCCUGAUUUAGUGUCUUCUACUUUCUCAUAUCUUAUCACUACAAAGACCUUAUGGUAUUUUAUUUUUGGUCUUACUGGCAUUUUUAUUUACUCUCACUUAUGCGUUACCACUUCAUCCACUCACCUAUCGGACAUUCUCCUUUUCUGUCUUCGUCUACUUUAUAUUACCUACCUAGUAUAUGCAGUUUGCUCCCUUGCAGAAUAUUAUCAAUCUGUCUAUCUGUCAAAACCUACCCAUCAAUUUAUCUACCUAAUAUUCCUCCACUCAUGUAUCAUCAUCUAUUAUGACCCAUCUAAUAUUUCUUCAUCCUUAGUCUUGUAUACUUAUUUUAGUUGCUUUUUAUCUACAUCCUUAACGUUUCAUCUGCAGUGGAGAUCCCGUAUCUUUUUUUUUUUUCUAAGCUUGUAUCACUUAAAUCUCACUUUCACGGAUAACUCAGGUAUUUUAUGCAAAGGGGAGCAGUAUAAGUUUCUAUUGUUACUUAUCCAACUCACAGUCACCUUUACAUAAACAGUCCAGUAAUUUGUACAGUUUUGCUUACUUAAAGCAUUUCUCAUCUUUAUUAUUCUAGUCAUAUCGCGCAAGCUGCUGUAAGUUUCAUUAAGAAAUAUGAAUGUUUAAAUUCAUGAGUAAAAAUGACUCAAUGAAAGACAGACUCAGAUCAUAUUAACUAUACAGUAACUAUAUAGUACCUUCAUAAACAAGGCAGUCCUGUCUGUUGUCUUUUUCAUGUUUUGUUUCCAGUUGCAUGAUUUGUAACUUUCUGGAAACCAGCCGCUUUCUGAAAAACCCAGACGAGCUGGAUUCACAAGACACUUUCUUUCCAUAUUUCCACAUCAUCUUACUUUCCUAACUGAGUCUUUCAUUUCCUUUAAUCAUAUAGAAGUUUAAUAAGAUAACCUUUGCUCUUCAUUAUGAAUCACUUUUACAUUAAUUUACUUAACCAACUAAAUCAUUAUAAUUGUGACAUCUAUUUCCCUUAUUUUUGUUAUUUUUGUUAUUGAAGUUUUUGUUGUUGCUGUUGUUGUUAUUGCUGUUAGUGCUGAUAUUGCUGAUGUUACACUGCCAGUCCUAGUUGAUAUUAUUUUUAUGACUAUGCUUUGUUUCUCACUCUGACUAUAUCGAAGUUUGUAUACCAAUAUAUUUUUAAUAAAACACUUAACCUGG